AUGGGCUGGCUGCGCAGCUUAUCACUUUUAAGUGUUUUAUUCGCCGGCAGUGUCGUUACUGCUCAGCAGCAGAACUGGAACAGCAAUGGAUACCAGUUCCACCAGCAACCCGCCACCAGUAAAAACAGCUGGCAGGAUUCAAAUAGUGCUACUCUCUGGGAGCGGUACAGUUGCAGGGAGUCUAAUCCGGUCUACGAUUGUGUAUUCUGCGAUGUGUCCAUCACUAGGGAUACUCCCGGUGCUUACUUCGGUGAAGUUGAGAUAACGCAUAACAGCCAGAAAAAUCUUACAUUCAAAACCUCAGUCGUGAGAAAGUUACCGGAGACAUUAUUGCGCUCGUUCGGAGAAGUCGAGCUGCUCGAUCUGACUGCUGUACAGUUAGAGGAAAUCGUACCGAACGCCUUCACAAACGGUAUCAACAUCCGGGAACUGUAUUUAGGCUUCAACGAUAUUCGUGAAUUACCACAGGGCGUGUUUCAUAACAUGAGCUCUCUCACCAAAUUGGCGCUGGACCAGAACAGCCUCCAACGUUUGCCACGGGACAUCUUUUCCGGUACACCGAAUCUUACUGACCUGUCGUUCGCGAACAACAAACUGCAGCUAAUCGAUGAUAAUACCUUCCAGAAUGUUAACAAUUUGCAGCACCUACUGUUGAAUAGCAACAAUCUCACCCACUUUGACCUUUCGCUCAUUCCGAGCCUUAUCGAAGGAAAUGUCAGUUCCAACCUGCUUACGACAUUAGCAAUCCCGGUUAAUUUGGUCGUCCUGGAUGCCUCGCACAAUCGCAUUAACACAGUGACGGGCUCAAACAAUACAAAGCUCGAGAAACUUUUUUUGCAACAUAACAAUCUAACAAACAUCGCGUGGCUUCACCGCUAUUCCGGGCUGGUCGUUUUGGAUCUUUCGUACAACGAGCUGGAAAAGGUAACGGACCUCCAUUUAAAGAAAUUGUACCGUCUAGAGCAAUUAUACCUAUCUAACAACCGGCUGGUGGCAUUGAACCUGAAUUCCCCACCUAUCCGAACACUCAAGAUACUCGAUGUCCGGCAUAAUCAUCUACUGCAUGUGGAAUCGAACAAGGAUCAGUUCAGUACACUAGAGCAGCUGUAUCUCGAUCACAACUCGAUCAUAACGCUCAAGCUCGGCUCCAUAAACAAGCUCCAAAUUCUCACGCUAUCGCACAACGAUUGGGAUUGCAAAAAUCUAGAGCAACUGUUUGAAAAUGUGUCCGAAUCGGUGAUAAAUGACAGCGACCGGUACUGUAAGGAAAACUACCAGCACAUGCGAAACAUUUGCUGCAAGGAAAGUGACAAACCUUACCUGGACCGGCAGAUAAAGCAAAGUUUAACGAACGUUGCAGAAAAGCUUCAGCAUGCGGAAGGACCGCACACUGCAUCGAACGGUUCCAUGGCACAGCUCCAAGUCGAACUUAACCAACUGAAGCGUGUUAACGAACGGCUAGCGCAGCUUCUUGAACAACUGCAGUCUGAGAUGAGAUGGAUAAGAAGCAGGAUGGAGACACACUGUUAUGUGUAG